AUGCAACCCGCGCAAGACGCGACUGAGGCCUCGAUCCAGGAUGAUCGGCCUGGCACCCCACCCCGCCCACCUUAUUCCCCGGUGACCCCGGUGUUCGCGCAACUUGACCCGGUCGCCUCCACCGGUGCAACGAUUAUACCACCCCCAUUGUCGCCGUCGCCUAAAUCGCAUGCCCAGUCAGAAUUAUUCUCUGGUUACCGACCACCGCCGCCUCCAGCAACUCCGCCUGUCUUCAAACCCGAGCCCCGACCUGUGCCUAUCUCCGAGAGCGAGAACCCAGAUGCUAUUGCGCUGCGGUCUGCGAUCUCUAUACUGCAAAUGCAGAAACAGCAAAGCUUGCGCGAUAUACAGAGUCUAGAUCGCUUGAAAGAGGCCGCUGCAGCGGAUCCAGAGGGGUUUGCGCUCGAGUUGGCGGCUGGGCGUUUGCGCACGGAGGACCGCGGGGCAGUGAUCCAGUUCUCGGACGACGAUGUUAUGGACACAGAAGAAGAGUGGAAGGAGGGCGAGAAGAAACCAAACGGCGACAGCACAUCUGCAUCGAAAUUUGGCCGCAUCCCACCGCCGCAGAAUGUGGUGCGAAUGCCCCCAAUCAACUGGGCCAAGUACCAAGUGAUGGGCGAGUCCCUAGACCGCAUGCAUCAAGAGCAGCUACGGCGACCUAGCUCAGGAGAACCCAGGCGAGAGCCUGCAGCAGAGCAUGUGCUGGCAUCGCCAUAUCGUCCGCUUGUUGAUCAGUUGGACACACCCGCACGGCUGGCCCGGCCUACCAAGACCAAGAAGCCAUGA